AUGAAACGUCAAAAACCUGGGAAAUUAUCGAUUUAUUUCUGUUCGUUUAUACCAGGUAUUCGCGAAAAUUGUUAUGGCUGGAGACCUCGUCUACGAACAAUUGCCCAAAAGCUGGAGACCUCGUCUACGAACAAUUGCCCAAAAGCUGUCGCGCACUAUUUCUUGAAUUAUGUGAAAACGAUUGGAGGAACAUCGAGGUUAAUUAGAUCAGAUCACGGAACGGAAAAUUUAAAUAUUGCAGCAAUCCAAGUAUUCUUCCGUCAAAACGAAAACAAGAAUCGAAGCAUUCUGGUCCCAGUUAAAGCGCCAAAACACAAUCUGGUGGAUAAAUUAUUUCAAGGACAUGGAGAUAGAUGGACCUUGGACAACAGCGACAUAAUUCACAAGGAAUGCUUAAAAUUUUGUUUCCAUGGAUUAAUUCAGAAAGAGCUUUACGAUAUGAGAGAAGUGCACAACACUCACCGGAUACGUCCCUACCCGAAUCAAGAAUGCCCUAGUGGACGACCCGAUAUAAUAUAUGCAGUUCCUGAAACCUACGGUACUUCCGAAUAUAAAAUCAAUAUCAACCAAGCAUAUCUUACACUAGCGAAGCCAUAUACGACUGAAAAGAAUCCUCUAGGGUGUAAUACAGAAUUCGAGAAAGUUGCCCUUCAAUUGAUGAUUAACAAAAGCCUAACAUUUCCGAAUAACGCCGAUGAAGCUAAAAAACUUUUUGUAAAACUUAUAGAAGCCAUUGAUAAAAUAUAGCACACAAAAAAUAUAUUUCUAUAGAA